AGCAUGCUUCAAAGCUCAGUGUUCCAGGCCUUACUGGGGACCUUCUUCACCUGGGCUCUGACAGCUGCUGAAGCUGCUCUUGUUUUCAUAUUCUCUUCUGGACAGAGGCGGAUCCUAGAUGAAAUUCUCGGCUUUGCUGCAGGGGUUAUGUUACCAGCUUCCUAUUGGUCUCUGCUGGCCCCAGCAGUUGAGAUGGCCACUACCUCAGGGAACUUCGGUGCCUUUGCCUUCUUCCGUGGCUUCACUCUUGGAGCUGCUUCUGUCUACACGGUGUACCUCCUGUUGCCUCACCUGGGUGCAGCACACGACCCUCAGACAGCCCUGGCACUGAAUUUGGACCCUGUGUUGGUGAAGAAGUUGGACUCCGAGGGUCAUGUGGCUCUCUUCUCUGAGAGUGCACUCUCCAUCUGGAUAGACAAGAGAGAGGAUGGCAAGGCAUACCAGAGGAAGAAGGUGGUGUCUGGCCUUUCAGAGGGCCCUGUUACCCUGGCUUCACCCUCAGGCAGCGCGGCACAGCUGGGCAGCAGCAGCUGGAGGAGAAUCGUUGUGCUCAUCCUAGCCAUUACCAUCCACAACGUACAAGAGGGCCUUGCUAUUGGAGUUGGCUUUGGGGCAGUAGAGAAGACAGCGUCUGCCACCUUUGAGAGUGCCAGGAAUUUGGCCAUUGGAAUUGGGAUCCAGAGCUUCCCAGAGGGUCUGGCUGUCAGCCUCCUCCUGCAUGGAGCCGGCUUCUCCACCUGGCGAGCCUUCUGGUAUGGGCAGCUGAGUGGCAUGGUAGAGCCCCUGGCUGGGCUCUUCGGUGCAUUGGAUGUGGUGCCGGCUGAGCCCAUCCUGCCCUGUGUACUGGCAUUCCCUGCUGGAGCCAUGGUCUCCUUGGUCAUGGAAGAUAUCACUCCUGAAGCCCAGAUUAGUGGGAAGCUGUUGUCCUGGGCCUCCAGCCUGGGCUUUGUGGUGAUGAUGUCACUGGACAUGGGCCUGGGCUAGAGCUGUCACAUCACACCCAGGGCGGAGAGCACCAAAAUUCUUCAGGACCAUGGCCUGCUUUACAUUAAAGCUUUGCUUCCCCUCACUUCCUCAUUAUCUGGAUGAGCUCUGAUUGUUUAAUGACCAUUUUCACUUUGCUUUAGAUGCUGCUUUCUUUUCUUUUCUUCUUCUUUUUUUUUUUUUUUUGGAACCACCUGGUGUCAUGGUCUACAAAUGUUUGUUUUGACGCCUGAAUGAAAUCUUUCUUCACUGGACUCAUCAGGGCAAAUAGAUCAAGGGACCCUCUGCCCUCUGCAUUCUCCCCACCUCCGGUCUCUCUCUCUAGACUGAGCAGUGACCCCUAAAGUCUGACCCCCAACCAAGCACCUAGGACAUAUUCUAAGCAUUCUGGCCUAGUUUCAAAGCAGUUGGCCAUGGCUCCUGCUCUUUCACUGUCGCUCCUGUGUCCCACCAGGAACCUGGAGCAUCAUGAACACAUUGACCUGCUUCCCAAUGCUGAGCCAGCCCAGAGAGGAACACC